CCCGUACAUGAAAUAAUUACGAGCAAGGCACUCUAUUCCAUGCUCUAUCAGCGAGCACGGAGAACUCCGCUCCACCUAAUCCUCCUUUCUUUUCUAUUCGACUCCGAUUGAAAAUUCGGGGCCAGUAAUUCCUCCAUCUCACUCCAAACGUGAAUUUCUCUCUUCUUUGAAUACCCGAAGACCAGUGUGAAAGUGAAACUCUGCAGUAUCUGUCUGUGCUGAUAGAUUCCGAGACUCCGUAGUCGAUAACAUAAUUUUGGGUUCCUAUACGGUCUGUUGAAUAAUGGAGACAUUCAAUAUGGCUCUGGUUUCCAUUUCUUCUCCGAAGCUGGUGUUGGGAUUCACUUUCAUGAAAAACCCUACUGGAGAAGCCACUAAUACCAGGAUCUCCCCAGUUGGUUCUCGCCUCUCCUCGGUUCGAGGUACCGGGGCUGUUCCUCGCGGUUACAGGAUUUCCAUCGCUGCUCUUGCUCACUCUCAUAGAUUCCGCCGAAGCACUGCAGGCACCUCAAGGAUUUCACAGGAUGUUCUGAGGGAAUUAAACCCUGAAAGUUUCGCUAGUAUUUCUUCUUCGAGUAGUCAAGAGACGUCUUCAAUUGGUGUUAACCCGCAGCGAGUGCCUCCUCCAACUUCGAACAUGGGUUCACCUCUAUUCUGGAUUGGAGUUGGUGUUGGGUUAUCAGCACUGUUUUCAUUGGUUGCUACAAACUUAAAGAAAUAUGCUAUGCAGCAAGCUAUGAAAACUAUGAUGGGCCAAAUGAACACACAAAAUAGUCCUUUUAACAACGCGGGAUUUCCUUCGAGUUCGCCUUUUCCAUUUCCUAUGCCUCCAGGAUCAGUGCCUACCACCUCACCUUCUCCUCCUGCUUCCCAACCUGCUAUUACGAUGGACAUUUCUGCAACAAAAGUGGAACCAGUUCCAACGACUGAAGUCAAAGAAGAAAGGAAAGAUGAGCAGGGGAAAGAUGAAACUAGGAAAGACCAAACAGCGGCAAAGAAGGAACAAAAGAAUUAUGGUUUUGUAGAUGUUUCUCCUGAAGAAACUGUUCAAAGUAGUCCUUUUAAAAUCGUUGAAAAUGUGGAUGAGACUACUUCGUCGAAGGAUACUCAAUCUGGCAGGGAAAAUGGAGCUGUGUCUAAGCAGAGUGGAGGCGCCUUCGAGGCCUCCCAGUCUACUGGUUCUGGCUUGUCAGUCGAAGCUCUGGAGAAAAUGAUGGAGGAUCCGACAGUGCAGAAGAUGGUUUAUCCAUACUUACCCGAGGAGAUGAGGAACCCUACCACCUUCAAAUGGAUGCUGCAACAUCCAGAAUACCGUAAACAACUUGAAGACAUGCUAAAUAAUAUGGGUGGAAGCGGUGAAUGGGACAACCGUGUGAUGGAUACAUUAAAGGAUUUUGACCUGAACAGUCCUGAGGUUAAGCAGCAGUUUGAUCAAAUUGGGCUUACUCCUGAAGAAGUGAUCUCAAAAAUUUUGGCUAAUCCUGAAGUUGCUAUGGCAUUUCAAAAUCCAAGAGUUCAACAAGCAAUCAUGGAAUGUUCGCAGAAUCCGAUGAGUAUAACCAAAUAUCAAAAUGAUAAGGAGGUUAUGGAUGUUUUCAACAAGAUAUCAGAACUCUUCCCCGGGAUGACAGGGUCACCAUAAUCUUGUCCUCUAUACACACUCUUGCUUCCUCCUGAUGCUAAUCAUCUCACUCUUUGCUCCAGGCAAGGGGAGAAGCGAGCUUCAAAUGCAUGGACUGCACAUGGUUACUUGGCAUACCUGAGACCAUAUUGAACUGAACUGGGUCUCAGGUUUAUGGUUCCAGAUACCUGCUGCUAAGUGGUGACAUUAACUGGGCCAAGCUAGAAGUUUUUUACUUUAUUUCUAUAGCUAAUAUAAUAUCAUGACAUUAGAAUCUUUUUGAGUGCCUUCUGCAAUGUUGCUUUUCCUCU